AUGGGCGCAUGUAGUGGAAAACAACACCGACGAGGCAACCAUCAUCAUAUCCGAACACGACACCAUUAUUAUGAGGAUAAAUUAGUCCUCGAUACGUUACAAGCUUUAAGAGAAUGUAGAGAACAGGAUGUACCUGAUUCCUUCAAGUUAAUCAGUUAUUUAGCCGAAGAAGGUAAGACAGGCUAUCCUUUAUGGGAUGCUUUGUUUCUCAUUCUUACAUCAUCAGAAGAGGGAUGGUUGAACAUAAUAACUUCGUACAUAUUUGUAAUAAAUUUGAAAAAACCGUUAGCAGCCGAAGUCAUUGGCUUCGUUAUUGACACUACUCCUGCGCCAAGUAGGAAAACCUUGCUUAAGUUAAUCGAAAUGCUAGAUCUUUCUACCGACGUGACAAAUAGCAGCAUUAUGGAAAAAUGUGGACGAUCGGAUGUUGCACCAACCACAGACAUCUUUAGAAAUGUUGCUAUAGUCAUUGGAUUAUUGGCUGCAAGAUUUCCAGGAGUAAUGUCGACAAGUAUGUUUACAGAAGGUGUACAAGAUUUUUUAUUAUCAAAUUUGGAUCCUUCUCGCCAUAAAUCGUUGAUCUUAUACUCUUUGAUCGCUUUAGAAAAAUUUGCCUUGGCAUCCGGGAAUAAGGAAAAGUUAUUAACAACCGAUAUAGCGCAACGUAUAAAAGUUUUAGAAGAGAGUUUUAGCGAUGCUACAGAUCCAAUUCAUAAACAAAUACAUUUUUGCUCUCAGUGGUUGCUCGAUAAUAUCUUAAACGUCAUGCUAAAUAGUGGCGACGCUAAUGGCCAUUUUAAAAUAUCUUCCGACGGAUUAAAGGCUAGAUGCGAUUCAGUUCUGUUCGAGAGUGUUAGGUCCACAUAUUGCCUCUAUUCAGGAGUAUGGUUCUAUGAAGUUACGGUACUUACAGAAGGAGUUAUGCAGAUCGGCUGGGCAACUAAGGACAGCAAAUUUCUAAAUGAUGAAGGGUUAGGUGUUGGAGAUGAUGAAUUUUCAUUUGGCUAUGAUGGCUGCAGACAGUUGUUAUGGCAUAAUGCUGAAUCAUGUCGUCACGCUCAUAAACGAUGGACACCAGGAGAUGUUGUCGGACUCCUGUUGGAUCUAAAUAAGGGCAAAAUCUAUUUUUAUUUAAACGGAGUGAAAUGUUCUGAAACGUUUCGAACUAAAAAACAAGGAUUUUAUGCAGCGGCAAGUUUAAUGGAAAUGCAACAGGCAGAAUUUAAUUUUGGAUCAAAACCGUUCAAGUUUAAACCACAAGGUAUCAAAUUUGAAUGUAUGAAUAGUUGGGCUUACUUAUCGGAAGAAGAAAAGCGAAUAUUGCCCAAGCCAUUCAAAAAGGACAUAGUCCUUGAAACAACCUUCGACUCGAAUUGUUGUGCCAUAUGCUAUGAUCAAGAAGCUUCAGUAGAACUCUUACCUUGCAGGCAUAGGUAG